CAGGGCGAGGAGGGCGCGCGGCCGAGGGGCGCCUGUCGGGGCGCGGGCAUGGCGCAGGUUGUGCCGACCGUGACUGUGCGCCGCCCCGCCUCCGCCAGCGCUCCGAGGGCUGGGCUCCCGAGCCCGAAGGGUGCGCGUCGAUCCUCCAUCCGCCCGUCGCCGAGGAAGUUCACGCUGCCCGAGGGCCCGGCGGCGCCGCGCCAGCGCGAGCCGAACCCCGAGGCGGUCGUGCGCGCCCUGACGCGCACGCGCCUCUUCGCGGGCUGCGCCCAGGAGCUCGCGGACGCCGUGGGGCAGAAGGCGGAGCGCAGGCAGUUGCGGCCAGGCGAGGCGCUGGACAUGGAGGACGGGGGUCCCCUGAUCAUCGUGGAGAGCGGCGCGGUCUCCGUGCGCGUGGGCGGCAGGGACCGCCCCGCGGUGGUGUUCGGACCGGGGGAGGCGUUCAACUUUGUGGGCCUGCUGAUGCUCAACUCCGAGGUGGAGCCGUUCCGGCCGAUCAACCGCGGCAAGGGUGCCGCGCGUUCUGGGCUCUCCAAGGAUGCCAGCGCGGCCCCGCCUGGCGCCAGGCCCGAGAACAUGAGGAACAUCGCCGGCGCCUACGACUCCCACUCGAUACACAACGCGCCCUUCCUGUUUCAGGACUCUCGGCGCCGCAAGCGGGAGGCGAAGAUGCUGUCCUCCAUCGAGAAGGGCGAGGUCUCUCCGGACGACGCCCUCUGCUUCUACA